AUGAGUGGAAACAUUGUCCGAGCCCUCAACUGGGACAUUGGGUUGGAGCAGAGAUUUAUUGCCAUUAAUCCAAUUGGAGAUGAAGUUAUACUAUACCAUACACAGCACAAUGAUCAAUCAAUAGAAUCGAGCGACAUGGUGAAAGUAAAUUGUAGAACUGGAUUUGAUAAUAUUCAAUGUAGCGCUUACUCGCUUGUAGAUGUUGGUAUAACUGCAGUUGGUCAGUCCAAUGGUACCAUAAGUAUUUUCGAUAUCACUGCAUCCACUGCAGCCAAUAUUAAUAACACAAGUAUAGCUCCAACUCCUGUAGUGGCUGGUAUGGGUGGAGGAGGAGGAGGAGGAGUGGGUGGAACCAACAACAGCUCGGUGUUGCACCUUCGUCCUAAGCAAAGUAGGCAAUGUAACACAAUAUGCUUCAAUAACGCAGGUUUGAUAGCAGGUGGGUUUGACAAGGGUAGACAAGAUAACUCUUUGCAAAUCUGGAAUAUUGAGCAUUUUUCCAGAACGAGCAAUAAUGACCAUAUUAAAAGACCAACCCACUCCUAUAUACCCAACGAAGCGGUAUUGUCAUCCGUCUUCUACCCCGACAAGGUAACCAACUUGCUAGCAGGUAGUUACAAGUUUCUUAGAGAAAUUGAUCUUCGUCAAGAGACACCAGUAUUUCAAAUGUCUACAAAGUAUACAUUGGGAAUAACUAUAGAUAAUUUCAGAGAGCAUCUCUUUCUGACUUACUCUGAAGAUGGUUCGUUCCUGGUGUGGGAUCGAAGAAAGUUAACUAGCAAUUCCUCGACUAAGUACAAAUCUUCAUCACUGAGUGCCAACGUAAUAACAGAAAGUCCAGUGUUGCUGUUUAACAAGCUAUUGAGCGAUACAUCAAGGAAAAACCGAAGUCCAUGUGUUAGGAACUCAAGUAUUAGGAAAGGUGAAUUUGCUGCUGUGUUCAAUGGUGAUCUUAUUAGAAGAUGGAAUACAGGAACUGUCCCUGCAAUAAGAAGCAAGAAUGGAAACACAGCAACUUCUUCCACGCUGACAUCCUCGUCUUCUAAGCAUGAACAUAUUUCCCAAACAUUAAAACAGCAGUCCGCGCAGAUGUAUAAACCAAAGGAAGAAUCAUUAUUUGUCUCGUUGGUCUUGGAUACAAAAACUGAAUAUGAAAGGGUAAUAUCUUUUGACUACUCUCCAGAUAUAAUUACCAACACAUCGUCGCAUUUUGUUUGUAUGAGACAGUCAGGCUCAGUUUUCAGAAUGUUGGUGAAGGAAUCAAUUGAAUCUGUUCAUUUCAACUCCUAUAAUGAAUUUAUUAUAUCUGGACCUGAUGGAACCUUAACUAAAUUUCUUGAUACAGAGCAUCAAGAAGAUAAUUCUAAAAGGUUGGCUAAUAAUGGCAUCACCAAUGGUAAUAAUGGUAAGCACCCAAAUAAUAAUAUUAAUAAUCCUACUGCAUUAAAUAAAUUUGACUUGGCAUUACUUGACAAAAAAAGAGAACAUGUUUUGGAGUCAACCAUUGAUGAUGAGGACGAUGACAACGAUGGCGAUAGGAGUAGCGAUUUAAUUACAAACAUUAGAGAUAAAAACAGCUUUCAGCAGAAAAAGAAUGAAAAGAAUAAUGGGGAAUACGAUGAGGACUAUAGCGAGGAAGACUAUAUACCUCUUAAUACUUAUCUAGGAUUAUCGGAUGUCGUGAGCAAUGACAUUUGUUAUACAAUAAGAAAAAGAGCAUCAUUAGGAUAUGGGGUUGACUGUGAAAAGAAUAUCAAAAUUCUCGAAGAGUUGGAAGGAACAAUCGACCCACAUGCUUACUUGAUCAAUACGUGGAAAUGGCUAUUGUUGGCAAAGAAGUCGUUAGAAAAAGGAACAAUGAUUUCUCAAGGGUUAGACUUAGGUUACCAAGGUGUUUUGGGUCUCUGGAAUGGCGUUGAGGAAAUCAACACGCAAAACAGAUUCAAUAAGGAAAUGGGCCAUAUCACCGAUCAGUGGUAUUCUCAUGUAGUCAAAUCCAUAGUGUCCUCGAAGGGAAAGAAAACUGCAGCAAUUAACAUUUCAAGCAAUAGUGAAAGGAAAGAUCAAAGAAAGCUAUGUUUGAUCGUAUCUGGCUGGUAUUUAGCUGAUGAUGAAUUUGAUGAGAAAUUAAGUGCUUUGGUAGCUAUUGGACUUUAUGAAAAGGCAGCUGGUUGGGCAGUUUUCCACGGAGAUGUCCAAAAGGCCAUCGAGAUUUUGGGAUCUUCCAACAAGGAAAGGCUUAGAAUAAUGUCUACCGCAGUUGCAGGAUAUUUGGCGUACAAAGAUUCCCCUGUUAAUAGUCCAUGGAAAGAUCAAUGUCGUAAGAUGGCAUCAGAAUUGGACAAUCCGUACUUGAGAGCCAUUUUUGCAUUCAUUGCAGACAAUGAUUGGUGGGAUGUCUUAGACGAACACUCGUUACCCUUGAGAGAGAGAUUGGGUGUAGCAUUGAGAUUUUUAUCAGAUAAAGAUUUAUCAGUGUAUUUGAAUAGAAUUGCAGAGCUGGUCAUAAGCAAGGGAGAACUAGAAGGGUUAAUAUUGACUGGUAUCACUCCUAAGGGGAUCGCAUUAUUACAAUCAUAUGUUGAUCGUACAAGCGACGUUCAAACGGCCGCAUUAAUAACUUCCUUUGGUUGUCCAAGAUACUUUGUUGAUAGUAGAGUCGACCACUGGGUGCAUUGUUACAGAGACUUACUAAAUAGUUGGAGUAUGUUCAAUGUUCGUGCUAAAUUUGAUGUGGCAAGAACAAAAUUGUCGAAGACUUAUACUGGACAAAUAACGGUAAAGGCGGCUCCAAAGCAAGUUUACUUACAAUGUGCAAGAUGUAAUAAGAACCUAUCGAAAGCGAGAUCAAACUCAAGUAAUGGUAGAGGAGGUGCACUGGGAGGUGUAGGAGGUCCUGGGGUUGGGGGUCCACCUGGUACAGUGAAUGGAGUACCCAGUGGGAACACUUCUGUUAUGUUGAAGCAAUUCAACAAAAUGAACCCGCACAAUCAUUUCCAAUUUCAAAACAAUGAAGACUUCAAGGCAUGUCCACAUUGUGGAGCACCAUUACCCAGAUGCUCUAUAUGCCUAUUAUCAUUGGGAACUCCCAUCCCCAUGGAUGCGACAGAAAGAAGUAAUGAGGGUACAUUAUCAGGGAAAAUCGAGAAUAGUUUCCGAGAGUGGUUCAGCUUUUGUCUUAGCUGUAAUCAUGGUGCACAUGCUUACCACGCAGAAGAAUGGUUUUCAAAGCACUAUGUUUGCCCUGUGCCAGAUUGUAAUUGUAGAUGUAACAGUAAGUAG